ACAGGAAUGACACUGACAAAACUCAACAAAACACCGAUUCAUUGUUUUUAGUUUUCAAAAGUUACAGUUCCAGUUUUAUUCAUAUUUCUUAGACUUUAAAUUGUUAAUAUGAGUACUUUUGGUGAAAUAAACGAACCGUCCAGUCGAACAGCAUGGGAAGACUGGGACGAUGUUUUUGUUACUGAUGAUUUUGUAAAUUUACGUCUGGAUAAGGAAGUUGACGUCCCUAAAGAAAUUGAUACUUUCAUAAUAUUAGAAGGCAGAUACUUGUACGACUGCGUCAGAGCACAUCAUGACCUGGAACUCGUCAAUUCUAAUGCAGAAGUUAAUUUGUGUUUAUUCAAGACAAAGAAACAGAACAAUUAUGUUUGUAUGAUAAGAGAUUACAAUUUAGUUUUGAGCAGUGAAAUUGUUGAGUUGUUAAAAAAAUACAUUACAAUUAGUACAGAUGUUAUAGCUAUAGUAACAAAGCCCAUGGUGGAAUACCAAGUAUCUGAGUUGGUCACCAAAGACUAUGUUAUCCGGAGUAUAUCAGCAAGCAAACCAUCGACAAGAAAACUGAAUGUUCAUUUCCCAAAUUUGGAACAACCCAAUAUAAUAUCUGGUGUAUCUGCAGGAGUACUUUGUUGGAGAGAAAUCAUUGAUAAACCAGCAGUAGCUAUCAUAUGUUACAUUGAGCAUCCAGAAGAGCAGCAGAUACUAGAACUUUAUGAAUUACUAGAAAGAUUUAAAAUAAUCCCAGAUAUGUCAAAAUUUCACAGAGACAACAUAUUCAACUCAAACUUAUACAUUUGAAUAAUUAAUUAUUAUUUAAUGUUAUCUUUGUAACUACAAAAUUGAAUAAUUACAGCAAUGUAUUAUAAUUUUGCAAAGAAAUAUACCAUAUGUAUUUGAA